UCUACAAAUAGCUAGAACUGUAUCUGUAACGUUAGUUACAAUGACAUUUGUGAUUGGUGUGUUUGUCUUAUUGGGAGUUUAUUUCCAACUUCGGCAUUCUCAGUGUCAGUGUGGUCCUGAAAAGAUAUUGGAAGCACUUCCCUUAAAAAGUGUUCAACAUGAGCCGAAGACCAUUCAUUAUGACCCAGAUUCUUUUCUGGCUGUUGCUAGUCGGUCUAAUUCAUUUAAAACGAUUAAUCCUGCCUCUCUUCGUCUUAAACUUGAUGAAAACAUUGGGAAAAGGAUAAGAAAGAACCACAAAGCUAGAGUAAACUGUAUUAUAGAGAAGAAGAAAGCCGUGGAAGUAAUUGCUCAGAAAUCUAAAACGAUUACGACGCCGUUAGGUAAUAGAACUACUGACCCACGUAUGAUGCACACAACUGGCGAAAAAAUGGUGUUUUUCUGCCAGAGUGACGUUCGCAGAUCACAUAAACCAAUGGUGAAUGAGGUAACAGAAGUCCUGUCAAGAUCUCGAAGAGCCACUAUCGGUGCGUGUAUCUGCGAUUGCUUUUGUUAAAGAUAACAAUUUUCUUACCUUCAAAAAAUCUUAACACAUAUAUAUCAUUUCCUUGCAUCUUUAUAAUCUCUAGAAGACGGAAGGCUACCGUUAGUCAACA